CAACUGCAAGUUGUCUUCUGAUCUCCAUGCUUAUUACACAUCUGCAAUGUAUGUAUGUAGGUAACAUUUCACUUGUUGCCUUUCCAGUUUCAAGCACCAACUCACCAACAAAGAUUUUACCGAAAACCUUAGGGCCAAUAAAUGUGCAUGUUGGACCCCAAAUGAUUAUAAGCACACCACAGAGAAUUGCCAAUUCAGGAAGCGUUCUGAUUGGGAGUCCAUAUACCCCUGCACCCGCAAUGGUCACUCAGACUCACAUAGCUGAGGCUGCUGGCUGGGCUCCCAGUAAACGAAGCAAAAAAGGAGAUAAAAAUGGGAAAGGCUUGAGACAUUUUUCAAUGAAGGUGUGUGAGAAAGUUCAGCGGAAAGGCACAACGUCACACAAUGAGGUAGCUGAUGAGCUGGUAUCUGAGUUUACCAACUCAAGUAAGCAUCUGGCAGCUGAUUUGGCUUAUGAUCAGAAGAACAUUAGAAGAAGAGUUUAUGAUGCUUUAAAUGUGCUAAUGGCGAUGAACAUAAUUUCAAAGGAAAAAAAAGAAAUCAAGUGGAUUGGCCUGCCUACCAAUUCUGCUCAGGAAUGCCAGAACUUGGAAAUAGAGAAGCAGAGGCGGAUAGAACUGAUAAAACAGAAACGGGCCCAGCUACAAGAACUUCUCCUUCAGCAAAUUGCUUUUAAAAGCCUGGUACAGAGAAAUCGACAAAAUGAACAACAAAACCAGGGCCCUCCAGCUGUGAACUCCACCAUUCAGCUGCCAUUUAUAAUCAUUAAUACAAGCAGGAAAACAGUCAUAGACUGCAGCAUCUCCAGUGACAAAUUUGAAUACCUUUUUAAUUUUGAUAACACCUUUGAGAUCCAUGAUGACAUAGAGGUACUGAAGCGGAUGGGAAUGUCCUUUGGUCUGGAGUCAGGCAAAUGCUCUUUGGAGGAUUUGAAAAUCGCAAAAUCCCUGGUUCCAAAAGCUUUAGAAGGCUAUAUUACAGAUAUCUCCACAGGACCUUCUUGGUUAAAUCAGGGACUACUUUUGAUCCCUACCCAAUCAGUUUCAAAUUUAGACCCAACCACCGAUGCCACUGUACCCCAAUCAAGUGUAAACCAAGGGUUGUGCUUGGAUGCUGAAGUGGCUUUAGCAUCUGGGCAGCUCCCUGCCCCAAACCGUCACCAGUCCAGCAGUGCAGCCUCUCACUUCUGCGGCGAGACCCCCUGUUCAUUCAACGACGAAGAUGAGGAAGAUGAAGAGGAGGUUCCCUCCUCCCCAGAAUAAAGACAGGAGAGAACUCAUGUUUUAAUAUUUGAUGCUCAUGUGUGUCUUUAGUGUGAGUUCUUGUGUUUUGAAAUGAUUGCUUCAGUCUUUGCCUUUGUUUGCAUUUGUGUUUAGUGAAAACUAGAGAAACACAAUAAGCAAAUCACAUGAAGGCUGAGAUGAUUGACUUGAA